AUGGGAAGUGCAGCCAGCCAUAUGUAUCAACUAAAAGAGGGCAUUAUUUUGCAACUGAAUAAUGUGGAAAGUGAAACCCAUGUUCGUGGGCAGGGCUCUUUUUAUAAGAUGAGUGGUUUAUUCCUCGGUUCUGGUGAGGCGCCACUUUUGUACUUGGAAUUAACCCCCUUGUACCUCGCUGGGUGGGCUGGCCUUUUGGGCCACGCCAAUAGCCCAGACACCUUCUCAGUGCUGAAUAUAUAUAUUCUGCCCGAGUAUUGUGCCUUCUUUUGUCUUAAAGGAGUCUCGGGACGCUACAUAAUAUUAUGCAGGAGAUUAUGUAUUUCUCUCAUCCGCUUCUAUUUGCAUACUGUCCGAACGCGGAAAAAACUUAGGGGCUUACAGGUUAUCAAGGUUUCCUCCUUAGAGGUCAAAAGCAUCCGCUCCGAAACAGGGGGUGUAGACCGACAAUCUUCACCUAAAAGGCAUAUUCAGUCAAACACUUACUGUAUAUAUUCGAUUGCUGAAUCAAAGUGCGAUAGAUCGUUGGGACCGAAGACCCACCACCUCACUAUCGCAGUGAUCCUAGGCGGCAUGUCAACUUAUCUUUACGGUGUUUUUCGUUUGUGUUUACGCUUACUGCGAAGGAGAAAUAAGAGUUUUGGCACGAGACGGGGUUCACAACAAUUCUUCUCCAUCCUACAAAAAAGUGCUUUCACCGUAGAUAAUAAGGAGCUAUUUAUGAAUUUCUCCGAAUUUGUCCCGUAUGCCUUGAGCAGUUUGACAGUAUUGGAGAGCUUCUGUUACACCAAAAAACUGCUGCUCAUUCCGGAUGCAAUCUUUGUGGCGAAACGUUUCCUUACUUUAGUUCACACGUUGCGCAUUGUCUUGAUGUCCACUGUCCUCAUGAGUUUAGUUCAAGUGUUGGUCCUCGUUCAAGGUGUUAUCAGAAGGCCAGACGAUAUACGCUACAUGUGCUUCGAAUGCUUCGAGGAAUUUCUGAAUCUACGGUCAGUUCAAGAUCACUUGUCUCUUCAGCACGGAGGUGACAAUGUGGUUCACUUUACUCCUAUAAGCAAAUUAAAAAUCCUGCACAACCCUAAUCGCAAAAAAGGCGUCUCCCCCACGCAUUUCUGA